GAAUAAGAAUAAUUUUAGGGCGAACAGGAAUUUAACAGCACGAAGAGAAUUUAGAAAGAAACAAAGAAAGAACGGCGUUCGAUUCUUGAAGAAGACUUUGGUUCCUUCACCUUAGCUUUCCCUAUUCCCAUUCCAAUCAGAGCGUCGACGAAGAACGGAAACUGGGACAGGGAGGAGCGAUUCAACCCUGAUCAUCUCUUCUUCUUAAUCCCCCCCAUCCACCAGAUUCUCCUCAAUUUCGAUUCCAACCUUCAUCAACUGCGAUUUCGGGUAAUAUAUACAUGGUUUUCGCUGCUUUACAUUCAGCCCCUUUGUGGAUAUUUCUCUCCAUCUGCUUCCUGAAUCAACCGUCCGAGUGAAGAUUUGUCCUUUUUGAUACAAGAUGCCUCGGGAUUUAUCACGAUCUCGAUCGCCUUUGUAUAGGCGUAGGCUUUCGCCAUCUCCCGUAGGGCAUAGGUAUACCAGGAGGAGUCGGAGAGACCGGAGCCGUUCACCGUAUUCAUCCUACAGCAGGUUAUGGGUGCUGAUGGGUGUUCCGUCAUUGCUCGAUUGUGACUUUUCUUCUUCAUGUGAUGUGAUAAAAGAUGGAGCUCACAAAGGUUUAUUCUUAACAAUAAGAAAAAGUCGCUCAAUUUCCCCAAGACGUAAUAGAAGUCGUUCACGAACACCAAGGCACCAUAGAAGUCGUUCUCCAACUUCAAGGAGUUACAAGAAGCAGAGACGACGAAGUUCCUCAUCAUCUCUGCAUCGUAGAUCUUCUAGUUCUAGCCUCGGAUCCAUUGAGCAAAAAAGUACCAGUGAAAAAUUGAAAAAGGAGGAAGAAAGAAAAAGGCGACAACAGGAGACACAGGGCAAAUUGCUUAAAGAAGAAACGACAAAGAGAGUUGAAGACGCAAUUCGCAAGGAAGUUGAAGAGAGACUGAACUCUGAUGAUGUAAAACUGGAUAUAAACAAGAAGCUGGAGGAGGGACGGACACGACUUAACGAAGAAGUAACCGCUCAACUUGAGAAGGAAAAAGAAGCUGCCCUUGUUGAGGCCAGACGGAGAGAGGAACAAGCUAGAAAAGAGAAAGAAGAAUUAGAAAGAAUGGUUGAGGAGAGCAGGAGGAGAGUAGAAGAGGCUCAGAGAAGGGAGGCUUUAGAGAGACAAAAGAGAGAGGAAGAAAGAUAUAGAGAACUGGAAGAGCUUCAAAGGCAAAAAGAAGAAGCUAUUAAGAGGAAAAAACAGGAAGAAGAGGAACAACGAGUUAAUCAGAUGAAACUGUUGGGUAAAAACAAAUCACGUCCCAAACUGUCAUUUGCCAUUGGCUCCAAAUAAACAAGUAUGUCAACAAAAAAAAAAAAAAAAAAAAAAGAGAAGAAAAAGUAAAUUUGUUCUUAUUUUUUUUCUUCUUCAAGUGUUGUGAAUUUAGACUCGAUUGUUUGUCACACUUGUGUAAUUUGGGAUGACAUAAUCUACUUAAUGCCAGUCCGUCGUUCUUAUGAAAAUCACUCCUCUCACUAUGAAAUUGAUUUGGCUAGACUUUAUACCUCUACUUUUCCUUCCAAUAAAUUUUGUAUAUGAUUGGAAUCUA